GGGUCUUCGCGGAAUGCGGGUAGGAAAAAAAACUAAGGCAGGAUAACCUCAUGAGUUAUGUUGCUGCUUCCUCAUUUUACUGAAUUUUCUGUAUUUAAAUAGCUCAGCAACCCUUUCUCGUUGUUCAAAUACGCUGCGAUAUAUUUUAACAGACCGGUGGUCAUUCUUAAACAUAACUAUUCUCCGACUUCAUAUUGAAUCUAAAGUUUUCGGCUAGCUUUUCGGCUAGCUAACGUUGGGCUAACCUCCUCUCCAUGGCACCUCUUCGGGUCCUGUGCAUCCAUGGUUACCGUCAGAACAGCAGCUCGUUCCGGGAAAAGACGGGAGCUCUGCGAAAGCUAUUAAAGAAACAAGUGGAGCUCGUCUACCUGAGCGCACCACACAGUGUACAACAAGUUAACAGUGAAGCUCCAGACAAGGAGAAUGGUUCAGGCCCUGGACCCGGAGGCGAUGAGGACCCCAGGGGUUGGUGGUUUUCUGACACCCAGGCUCGGAGUUUCAGUGCUCAGCAGCAGUGUGAAGAAAGCCUGGGGCUCGACGAGAGUGUGACAGUUGUGAGAGAAGCUGUGAAAACUCAAGGUCCGUUCGACGGCAUCCUUGGCUUUAGUCAGGGAGCUGCUUUUGUGGCCAUGCUGUGCUCUCUACAAGAACAAAAACUGGAGCCAGAGUUCUGCUUCCGCUUUGCCAUCCUUGUCGCUGGUUUCCGUAGCGCAUGUAGGGAACACCAAAAAUUUUACAGCGCUCCCAUCCAGUUCCCUUCCCUGCAUGUGUUUGGACUGGAGGAUCGUGUCAUCCCUGACAACAUGAGCCGGGAGCUCCUCCCCUCCUUCCAAGACCCUCAGGUCCUGACGCAUCCUGGUGGCCAUUUUGUUCCUGCCGCAUCUGCCCACAGACAAACUUACCAGGACUUUCUCAAGAGGUUCCAGUGAGAAAAGAAAGUCACAGAAAUUCUGAAUAAGUGAAGAGCUACAGUCCGUGAAAAAGACUCCAGCACUUAAAUGAGGACGAGGAAUGUUAGUUAUAUAAUGUUCACAAGAAGAACAUAAUUUAUUCCAGAGGCACGUGAGGUAAAAAUGUCAAGUUCAGGGUCAUGACCUUUGUGCUCUGUGUUUUUUUUUUUCCCUGUCAUCUGAUCCAUCCAAAACAAUACGAUGCCUGCUGUUCUUCUCAGGGAGGAUCUUGUCUUGUAACAGAUAAUAAAUAAGAUAAGAACUGUUUACUUGA